UUAUCCCAUUGGCACUGGUAGCUGGAAUACGAUUCUAAAUAAAAUUUGCUAAUAGUAAAGACAUAACUCAAAAUGUAAUCUAUCUCCGAGCUAUUCAUUAAUUAACCUCGUUAGUUUAAAAACAAAAAAGAAAAGUAAACUAAAGGCUCCAUGUGGGAUAGGGAGAUUGAUCAUAAAUGGAAAUAUGUAAUCUUAUCUACAUUUGACGAAUUAAUUACAAACUAAACCUGAACAAUGAUAAGCUAAUUAAAAAAAAUCAAAAAAGGAAAGUCCAAGCCAUAUAUUUCCUUUUCCUAAUAAGAAAAGCAAAUACGCUAGUGUCGGUCACUAGUAUUUAUAAAUACAGAUCACUACAUGCAUAUCUAAUACAACAAUCAGUCUCAAAUCUCUCGUACGUAAACUUCCACAGGAAACUAUUAGUUCUUCUCUAGUUAACAGAUUAAUUAUUUCUUGUACAAUGGUGAUGACCCAUAAUAAUCCCUUCUCGAUGCCGACCUUGUUCGAAGCUUUGCAACGUCUCCGUCUCUCAGAAGAAGAAACCUCUGGCUCCAUUCCUCCUCCUCCUCCUCCUGCUUUCACCCCACGCGCCACCGUAGAUAACGCGCGUUUAAUCAAACUAUUCAACCUAAUGACUAGCAAGGAAUGUGUGUCCCAGUUUAAAGAGAUUUUCUCAAAGGCAGCUGACCCAGAAGCUCUUCUGAAGAUAGUCUCGUUGCUGACUUCAGACUCCGAUUACUUCAUGGAGGUUGUCCGAAACAAGUACGGUUCGAAACGCGUGCAGAAGCUCCUCGGAAUAUCAGAUGACGUGGAUGCGCUCUUCUACGCCGCUAUCUUGCACCGGUUUUACGACAUCAUGACCGAUAAGUAUGCAUCCUACGUGGCCAUUCGAGCCAUGCUGGUUUUCGACACGAUGGAGAAAUUUAGAAUGUACGAUCACGUUCUCUACUACGCGCUCGAGAUAGCGCGUGAUCAUUACGGCUGCAUCGCGCUAAACGAGGUUAUAACAGAUGUGGGUGAACCUUUGUACAGAAAGCUUCUACUAGACUUAGUUGCGCUCAACGCUCUCUUCCUAAGCAACGAUCCUUCAGGGAACUUCGUGGUUCAACACGUGCUUACGCUGUAUGACUCGCGUUGCACGAGUAACGUAGCGGUUAGUCUUCUUGGUCAUUGCGUUGAUCUGUCGUUUCAGAAGUAUGGAAGUUACAUUGUAGAGAAGCUCCUGGAGGCGGAGGAGUCGAUGGCUGUGGUGGUUGUGGAGCUUUUGGAGUGCGAAGGAGGCAGGUUGUCGAGGCUGGCGAGGAAUGAGUUUGGAAGUUUCGUGGUGGUCAAGGCACUGAAAGUCACGCAUGCGAUGAAUAGGUUCGAUCUGCUUGGAGAUUUGGUGCAGAAGCUGAUGCCUCUUCGCCACCUUUUGGUUACGUUCCACGGAAGCAACAUUGCAAAGAUCUUGGAGUUUUAUGGUUGAUUGCUGUAAUCUUGUUGAAAGAACUCUUUUUUUUAAACCAUUGUUAAAGAAGUUUAUCAUUCAUGUUUUAUAUAAGGAACCAAAUUUGAUUUUACAUUGCCAUUAAUCGUGGGCUCCCACCGUUCAUGAUCUUUUUUGUUUUUUACUGCAGUCAAGUUUACUGAACUGGUUCAAAAAUUUUGUUUUCGAAGUAGAAGCUUCCUGGUAAAGAAGAUAUAAUCCUAACAAUAAUCCAAACAUUACAUGCAACGUACCUUUUUCAAAACUAUGCAUGGAUAUAUUUGCAUUAAAAACAGAGAGGUUAAAAGGGUAGACAGAGUUUUUCGUUUUUAGGGUUCUGCUAUGACAAUUUGUUGUAUAAAAUGUUUUUUUAAUAGAAAGCUUUACUGUUUCAGAACUUAAACUGAUUUACAACUCUGAACAAGAAAUUGCAAAUCAUUUUCUCAGACAUUUGGCUACAAUUUCCAAACCAAUCUGCACAAUCAAACAUAUCCAAGACAUCCAAACAUCAGCGUCUUCGGCUCCUGCGAAAGAGAAAACAUCUUCAGUACAAUUUAAACAAGGGAAUAAACAAAAAUAUCACUAUAAAAUAAAAGAUUGAGUACCUUCAAAGUUCAGAAAUGCUCUUGGUUAAUCUAUGUUGGGGCAUGCAUCUUCAACAUGCGCAGCGGCCCAAGCAGUUUUUGAGAAUGAUUCUUCUAGCCUUUUGGAAUCAACCAGAGCAAAAUCCAACCAAGAAGAAAACCUCUCUUCAUGCCAGAAUUACAUCCCAUACUGGAGGUAUUGACUGAUAUGCAUUCCUCAUAAAGGAGGCAGUGUCAAGGAAACGAGUUCGUACAAUACAAAAGGACCCUGGUAUUAGUGUGUAGCAUCACGCGCCAGACCCGUCCCUUCCCUAAGGCCGGUAAAGCAGCUGCUUUAGGCCACCAAUUUGGGCCACGUAUCUAAAAUGUAUAUCGCUCAAGUGACUUGAUUUCUUAGUUAAUGUCUUCCUUGUCAGAUGUGUUCGAUUAUAUUGUUAAGGAGAUGGUUUAUCACUUUUUUUAUUUGGUUUAUUAAUUUUUUUGAUUAUACAAUUUUCUCCUCACCUUUAAAGUUUUUUAACCAAAUAAUUUGUGUUCUUUUCUUUUACUACAUUUUUAUUCUGUUUCUUUGUCUCAUUUUAGACAAAUGGUUUUCAACCUAUAUAUAGUUUAAGUUUUUGAAACCAUCUUUUCCAAACAAAAAUUUCACCAAUGUAUUAUUAGAUUGUACUUAAUACACUUUAAAAACCAAGUAAAGUCAACAUUUUCUUAAAAAAAAA